UCAAAGAGGGCUGCCAGCGUUUAAAAGGUUUGACACAGAGACGAGUGAGGUUGGAAGGCUUCGCGGCCGGUGACACAAGAGGAGCGCGGAGAACUCGCUCGCUUUCCCCCUUUGGUGACAGCCCUUUUACCAGGAGAUCUUUUGUUGCCUUCGCAGCCAAUCAAGGCUUUUUACGACACAGUUCAGUUGGGAUAUAAAAGGAGAGUCCUUCUUUCUUCGCCCCCCCCUCUCUCCUUCCCCCAACAGCAAGUCACCCACCAUCUCCAACCCAAAAGAACUUCUGGCCAUCAGCAGCAGCAGCAGCAGCAGCCGCCGCCACUCCGCCUCCGGCAGCUGCAGCUCCUCUGCCCAAGGCCAAGCCAGCGGGAUUUGGGUCUUCCAGAGAAAGGAGCGGGGUUAGGGGGCUGGGGGAGAGAAGAUAGCCAGACAUGCUGGUGCCCAAGUCCUCUGUUUUCGUGUGCUUCCUGGUCCUGUCCUUGGAGUUCUGCACGGGGGAGCCGGUAGAGCGAGGGGCGGAUAGAGCACCCACGGCGGGAGUCCCCCUGGUGACAGAGGCAGAGGACCAGGGCUGCCCGGUGUGCAUGUGGCGGAAGCACAGCAAAGAAAUGAGGCUGGAGAGCAUCAAAUCGCAGAUCCUCAGCAAGCUGAGGCUCAAAGAGGCUCCGAACAUCACCCGGGAGGUGGUGAACCAGUUGUUGCCCAAAGCCCCUCCGUUGCAGCAGAUCUUGGACUUGCACGACUUCCAGGGCGACUCUUUCCAACACGACGACUAUCUGGAGGAAGACGAGUAUCAUGCCACCACGGAGACUGUCAUCAGCAUGGCACAAGAAACGGACCCUGUGGUACAGAUUGAAGGCAACCCCCACUGCUGUUUCUUCAACUUCAGCCCUAAGAUCAUGUUCACCAAGGUAGUAAAGGCACAGCUUUGGGUGUACCUGCGGCCUGUUCAGCAUACCUCCACAGUCUACCUACAGAUCCUGCGCCUCAAGCCAGUGACAGAGGAUGGUAGCCGCCAUAUCCGCAUCCGCUCACUCAAGAUUGACCUGAACUCACGAAUUGGCCACUGGCAGAGCAUUGACUUCAAGCAUGUCCUGCAGAACUGGUUCAAGCAGCCUCAGAACAACUGGGGCAUCGAGAUCAAUGCUUUUGAUCCCAAUGGCAAUGACCUGGCUGUCACCUCUCUUGGGCCUGGCGCUGAAGGCCUGCACCCCUUCAUGGAGCUGCGUGUGCUGGAGAACAACAAACGGUCCAGGAGGAACCUGGGACUAGAUUGUGAUGAGCACUCAACUGAAUCCCGUUGCUGCCGUUAUCCGCUGACUGUUGACUUUGAGGCCUUCGGCUGGGAUUGGAUUAUCGCCCCCAAGCGGUACAAAGCCAACUAUUGUUCAGGCCAGUGUGAAUAUAUGUUCAUGCAGAAAUAUCCCCAUACCCAUCUGGUGCAGCAGGCCAAUCCCCGGGGUUCAGCAGGGCCUUGCUGUACACCCACCAAGAUGUCCCCCAUCAACAUGCUGUACUUCAAUGACAAACAGCAGAUCAUCUAUGGCAAAAUCCCUGGCAUGGUUGUUGACAGAUGUGGAUGCUCUUAAACCCCUUGCCUGUCCUGUCACUCCCUUCUCUUGAUGCCCCUGGAUUCCUGCUUCGAAGAUGCGCCCUGACACUGAUGAAUCCAUUCCUUAGCAUUUUAAAGGAGAAAAUAAUUAAGAAAAGAACAAGAUGAAUAGAAUUGUAUUGAAAAUCUCUGAAGUGACAUCAUGCGCUGUGCAAUAAUCAAAACAGACGUCACAUUAUUGGAGAGUGGAUGAGUUGGCUUGGAUCAAUACUUUCCUCCCUGAGGCAGAACUGAAACGAGCAUUCUUCUCUUCUCCUCCAAAACCUUUUG